AUGUUUUCUUUCAAGAUCCUCCUGCUGAUCACUGCGUUUUUACGAGCAGUUCAUGCUCAAGACGCGUGCCCGAAAGCGCCCACGUUUCCUGACACGGUCUCGAAUUGCAACCUCUGGCACACCAUCGUUUCUGGGGACACAUGUUACAGCGUCGAGCAGAAGUUUGGCAUCACUUCGAAGCAGUUUCUGCAAUGGAACCCAUCUGUCUCGUCUGACUGUCUGACAAACUUCUGGCUGGGCGAGGCCUACUGCGUCGGCGUUGGUAGUAAAAAAGCAGACUGUUCCAAGUCUAGCAGCACAUCUAGUACCUCUCGCACAUCUACGUCUUCCAGCCGUAGCAGCCACCCGACGACAAGUAGCACCACCACGCAGAACGCUACAUACUCAACGCGUUUCCCCAUCACAAGCUACAACCUGACGACCCCGACUGUCGGGAUAGCUUGGCCGCCUACCCGGACCAAAGGGGGACAGCCCAGCUACUGCCGUUCGUGGCACUUGGUCAAUUCCGGUGAUACAUGUCAGAGUAUCGUGAAUAGAAAUGGCGGUGACAUCACCUUGGAUGACUUGCAACAGUGGAACCCGACACUUGGGUCAGAUUGCUCGGGUCUUUCUCCCCUUCUGCAACAGUUCCAGACACUCACCGGAGCCUCGCAGACGUCGGCUGGUGGCGACAAAUGCGACCAUCCCGAAUCCGACCUCUUAUACGCCGCCGACAACUACCUCCGUGGACUUUGCCUUCACGCCAUCGCCAACACAGGCGGGCAUGCCGAGCGGCUGCCAGUCGUACUAUCUCGCCCAAGCCCACUACAGUUCGGCUCGUUCCAGGCGUCCGACUUCAUGAAAUGGAAUCCCAGCGUCGGGUCCGACUGCGGAGGGCUCGAGAUGGGCCUCUACUACUGCGUGGCCAUCGAUGGUACGCCCUCCACCCGCACGGCGCCCUUCUCCGCCACCACCACGGCUGCAUCGUCCACUUCUCUGCCCAAGGGCUGCGCAGAUACCUGGUUCGUUGGGGUAGAUGACACAUGUCAGUCUAUCACCGACUACAAAAAUAUCCCGCUGGCCAGCUUCAUCAAGUGGAACCCGCAGUUGAACGCCCACAACUCGACCGAUUGCCAAGUGGCACCUAACACGUACGUCUGUGUCGGCAGCAGUGACGGGGCUACCACGACAGACUUGUUCUCCUCGACGGCGACUGGUACCGCAACAUCUAGUACCAGCAGCACCAGGACAACGAGCAGUUCGACGACAACAAGAGUCGCCGUAUCCACGCCUGCUCCAACACAGGCAGGGAUGGUCCAGGGCUGUAUGCGGUUCUACUAUGUAGAAGAAGGCGACGGGUGUUGGCAGAUCGUUCAUGACGCUAAUAUUGACCUCGGUACAUUUCUUUCAUGGAAUCCAGGCGCCAAAAGUGAUUGCUCAGGGCUGUGGUUGCACUCGUACUGCUGUAUUGGCAUCAGUGGACCAGUGACUACCAUAACUAGCGGAACUGCUAUUCCUGCACCAACUCUAUAG